UUGUCUUCAACAUCAGUAUUCAUUCUGCCAUCUUCAAACCACUGCGACAGCUCACUAACUUCUAUUCAAAUGUACUUCAGCAGUGUGUUUUUGUUGCUACUUGGCGCCUAUGUCUGUUUGACCAACGGUCUCGGCGGCAGUAGUGGCGAAGGUAACGAUUACACGUGGGGUAGUAAAUUAACAACCGAUACCCUGAUUGCACGCGAGGUCAUAACUAAAACAAAGAUGCUUCUGCAAACUACGACUAAGACAUAUACGCUGACCCAGGCGGGCACUGCCAAGACUAUAAGCUAUAUACAUAUAACGGAUUUAAAACGCAUGCGCGGUGCAACAGCGGAGAUCACUUCUGGCGGUGUAGGUGACACGACAGUUACUAUAAAAUUUACUUCUUCAAGGGGAUCCGGCAUUAAGUCUCAAGUGGAAAUAUAUGGAGCAUAACCGAAUGAAAAUUGAUAAAACUCUUCUAUAAAAUAUUUUAUAUAGCACGAAUCGAUAUGUUGUGCGACUCACAUUUUAAGUGUAUCGAGUAGAUUAGACACGGCUUAGAAUUUUUUUAUAAUGUAACAAACAGAGACAUAACUCAAAGUAUCCUAUUAUUAUUAUUACUCGUAUAAUAUGUUU